AAAAGAUAAUUGAAACCAACCUUAAGCUCCUUUUAUCCUCAGUCUAAAGGUAGCACCGAUUAUUGCUAACUUAAGCAUCGGAGUGUCUACCCCGAGUUUCACCUCGGGGCUUUGCAGGUCAAUCCGAAGUGCAGACGCGGACUGAAGAAGGACUUCUAGUUUGGUGCAAUUACAUUUGGCGCCGUUUGUGGGAAUCCGAACUGAAAGCUCUCUUGUUGCUCUCUCAUAAUGGUUAACACUCAAUCAGUCCAAGCUGGAAAUCCAUCUCAGCCUUUUGGACAAGGUCAACUUCCUAACAACCUCCCACCUCAGCUUCCACCUCUGAUUCCAAAUAUGUUUCCUCCUGUUGAUCAUGCAGAAGGAGGAGAUGAAAACCAACCUCACAACUCAGCUUCCACCGCCAACCAAGACGUAGUUACAACUCAGCUUGCUGCCAUGCAACAACAGUUUGGUGUUUUUCAGUUAGUAUUGGCUCAGCUCUUAGCUCGGAACAACCCUGGUGAUCCCCUCAUCAAUUUACUCAACCCUGCUCCACAACCCCGCUCCACAACCCUUAGCUCCACAUCUCACAUAACACCAGCUCAACAACCCCUCCCUGAUGAUGUCACUCGACGUCUGGACAGCUUAGAAAAAUUGGUAGCUGAACAGCGAGGUGCCCCACCUCCACACCAUACUGCUGACCAUAUACCCCAUCCUCUGAACACCAACAUCACAUUGGAACCCUAUCCUGUUGGCUUUAAAAUACCUCAGCUUGAGACUUAUGAUGGGACAAAGGAUCCCGAUGAUCACUUACAUGCUUUCUACUCUUGUAUCCUACCUCCGAGGUCAAUCAGCUCUUAUACAGAAAUGACGUCUGCUUUUGCCACAAAGUUUUCCAGUAGAAGGUUGAUCAGGAAAACUACUUCUGAGCUGAUGCGAGUUAAACAAAGGUAUGGAGAAUCUUUGAAGAAUUACAUGAGCAAAUUCAAUGAUGCAGUGCUGGAAGUUAGCUCCUUCGACCAAGCUGUGGGAAUUGCAGCUGUGAUUUCAAGUCUUAACCAUGAGAGAUUCAGAGAUAGUUUGAUCAAGCAUCCUGCCACAACCUUUAACGAGCCAACUCCUUCUAAGAACCAAAACCCAGACUGGAGAGAUGAGAAUCAGAGUAGGAAACGGAUGAGGAUAGCACAGAACCGAGGUCCGAUGUCGACCUCCACACCAAGAUUCGGAAGGCUGAACUCAGCACCUCCACAACAAUCUGUAGUUCGGUUUCUGGUGGUCAAGAUGCCUUCCUCUUUCAACGUUGUCAUUGGCCGGCCCACAUUAACAGAGAUCCGAGCUAUGGUCUCUCAAUCUCAUCUCUGCAUGAAAUUUCCAACCCCCAUGGGAAUUGCAACACUCAGAGUCCCGAUAGCUCUUGAGGACAAAGAAAAAACCUCGUUCUAUGCCGGAGACGAAAUCUAUUGCUACGUGAUGAUGCCCUUCGGCUUAAAGAACGCAGGUGCCACUUACCAGAAGAUGGUUACCAUCGUAUUUCGAGCUCAAAUAGGCCAGAAUCUGGAAGUCUAUGUUGAUGAUAUCGUGGUAAAGAGUUUGAAAGCUGAAGAUCAUUUAACUAACCUCGAUGAGAUAUUCAACAAUCUCAAAAAGAAUAGAAUGAGGUUGAAUCUAGCAAAAUGCAUCUUCGGUGUGGAGUUUGGAAAAUUUCUAGGCUUCAUGGUGUCCAGAAGGGGGAUUGAGGUUAAUCCCGAGAAGAUCAAAGCAAUGGCUGAGAUGGAAUCACCGAAGUCAGUAAAAGACGCUAAUGACGGAGAAAUCCUUUACUUGUGCCUCGAUAUAUCAGAUGAAGCUAUCAGUUUUGUGCUAGUAAGAGAAGAAGGAAAGCAACAGAAACCAGUUUAUUAUAUUAGCAGUGUAUUACAUGGAGCUGAAAUCAGAUAUUUUAUUGUCGAGAAAGCAGCCUUAGCAGUUGUCACCUCGGCUAGAAAACUGAGACCAUAUUUCCAAUCACAUCCAAUCAUAGUCCUCACAGACCAACCCCUCAGGCAAAUUUUACAAAAGCCAGAAUGCUCAGGAAGAUUGAUCAAAUGGGCAGUUGAACUGGGAGAAUUUGAGAUAACAUUUCAGCAGAGGUCAGCAAUUCGAGCUCAAGCUCUUGCAGAUUUCAUAGUAGAAUGCACCUCGGCUCACUUUGAUUCCCAGUCCAAGCUGGACAGUUGGAUUCUGUAUGUUGAUGGAGCAUCAAGUAACAAAAGUUCUGGUGUUGGUGCAAUCCUACUUGGUCCAGAUGGGUACCGAAGUGAACAUGCUCUGAAAUUCAAUUUUGAUGCCAUCAACAAUAUGGCUGAAUAUGAGGCUCUGUUACUUGGCUUACAAUUGCCAGCAGAAGAGCUCACUAAUCUGGUAGCACCUUGGCCAUUUUCUCAGUGGGGACUUGAUCUCUUAGGUCCAUUUAUGAAGGGGGUAGGAGGCAUAACCCAUCUGAUUGUUGGUGUGGAUUAUUUUACGAAAUGGGUUGAAGCUCGGCUAUUAUCUAGUCUUACCUCUAAGAAGGUCGAAUAUUUUGUUUUCAGCUCAAUCAUCUGCAGAUAUGGGAUCCUAAAUCAGAUUGUAGCUGAUAAUGGAACUCAGUUCAACUGCUUCUCAUUCAGGGAUUUUUGCUCCAGUUAUGGGAUCAAGUUACAGUUCACCUCAGUGUACCACCUGGAGUCUAAUGGGAUGGUAGAAUCUGUCAACAAAGUUAUACUUGAGGGGAUAAAACCAAGAGAAGAAGCACGGCUUCGAACUCUAGUUUACAAGCAAAAAUUAGCCAACUUCUACAACAAACGAGUUCAACCCCGAACAUUCAAAGUAGGAGACCUUGUUCUCAAGAAAGCUGGUCUAACGGGAUUUGAAACUCGAUUUGGAAAGUUAACACCAAACUGGGAAGGCCCCUACACUGUAGCCGAAGUGCCGCACCUAGGUGCUUAUAUCCUACGGGACACUGAAGGCAAAAGGGUUCCUAGAGUCUGGAAUGUCAAUAACUUGAAGAAGUUUUACUCUCAAUACACUUCUUUCAAGUGAACUUUGUAUUAUUUUUAUAAUUGUCAUUACUCUCUCCCUUUUUGCUCAAUCUAAUGUAUAUACGAGCUCAAUUCAUUUAUCUCAUUAAUGAGUUUCACUUCACAUUUGAAGUGAUUCAGUUCUUUCUACUCUUCUGUACAUUGGAAGUAAAUUUCACUUAUAUCC